AUGAGCACGGAAUCUGAAUUGCAGGCCAAAUAUAAUGCUGCCGUCGAGCGUUACCAAGCCGCUGUACAGGCCGAGGCAACUGCUAAGAAGGAAAAAGUUGAGAAAUGGACUGUGGAAAGAAAAACACAGGAUGGCACCAAACAAUAUUAUCUCGCUUGGGCAGAAAUAAACAAGGCAGAGAUAGCUUUCACUGAAAAGGUUGAACAAAGGUAUACUGCUGCGUAUACGAUACAUUCGUUGUAUGCAGAUUGCAUGAAAUACAGGUACGGAGAUGACUCCAAGGAAGCACAAAUAGCCCAGCAUCGUGCAGAAUUGGCUCGCACAAGGGAGUUUGUUUACAGUGAUAGCUCUCCAUAUUGGAUAAAAUGGUACAAGUUGGAUUGCAAAGCUUGGUGGGUGUAUUAUGAGUUUAGAGCAGAAGGUUAUGACAAAGUUGCAGCUGAGCUCAAAAGGGCAAGGGAAGCGUUUUGGGAUCAUAUAAAAGGACAAUCCAAUGGUAAAGCGUACCGCAAUGCUCGGGAUGCAGCCGUAGUAGCGUUGAAGAAAUGGGAAAGAUGGAAUGAUUGUGUCGCCUGGGAUAAGGCCAAACAAAUGUACGACUCCGCAUUAGCCAAGUGGAAUGAGUUCAUACCCAAAGGCGAUCAAUACGCGAAACAAUUAGAGGAAACAAUUACUUCACGCAUCAAGAGUUUAGCGCCGAUAUCGGAAUUGUUGUGUGGUCACAUUGGUAAAAGUAUUUGCUGA